CUCCUCCGCUCUUCACUCUCUCUCUGUCUCUCUCUCUCUCCGCCGCCGCUGCCGCAUUGAUUACUUGGGAUCUGCACACCUGCCUCGUGCCGAGUUUCGGUGUUGCGAGUUGUGAGUGUGAGCGCCAUGGCCGUGGAGGCUGUGUCCGGGAACGGCGGCGAGGCGGUGGCGCCGGUGAAGGAGGUGAGCGCCAAGGUGGAGGCCAAGGAGGCGGCUGCGGUCACCAAGAAUGCGUCGUUCAGGGAGGAGAGCAACUUCCUGGAUGACCUCAAGGAGAGCGAGCGGAAGGCGCUCGCCGAGCUCCGCGACAAGGUGGAGGCCGCCAUCCUGGAGGGCAAGCUGUUCGACGACGGCAAGCCGGAGGUGAAGGAGAAGAGGGAGGCCAAGAAGAAGGCCGAGAAGGCGCCCGAGGAGAAGAAAGAGGAGGAGGAGGAAGGGAAGAAGGAGCCCGAAGCCGUGGAGAAGAAAGGGGAGGAGGACGCCAAGAAGGAGGCCGAGGUCGAGGGCAAGAAAGAGGAGGAAGAAAGCAAGAAAGAGGCUGAGAAGGAGAUGGAGCAGGAGGAAGCUGGCGAGGCCGAGAAGGUUGCUGCGGCGGCGGAGGAGAAACCGGCGGAGACGGCGGCCGUCGUCGUGGACAAGGACAUCGCCCUGUGGGGCGUGCCCCUGCUCCCGAGCAAGGGCGACGAGGCCACCGACGUCGUGCUCCUCAAGUUCCUCCGCGCGCGCGACUUCAAGGCCGGCGCCGCGUUCGAGAUGCUCCGCCGCACCCUCCGCUGGCGCAGGGACUGGCCCGGCUUCGACGCCGACGCCGACGCCGAUCUCCCCGAGGAGCUCGCGGGCGCGUGCUACCUCGACGGCGCGGACCGCGAGGGCCACCCGGUGUGCUACAACGCGCUCGGGGUGUUCGCCGACGACGCCUUGUACAAGAAGGCGCUCGGCACCGAGGAAGGCAAGGCGCGGUUCCUCCGGUGGCGGGUGCGCGCCAUGGAGCGCCACGUCGCGGAGCUGGACUUGAAGCCCGGCGGCGCCGCGUCGCUGCUGCAGGUGACCGACCUCAAGAACUCGCCGGGGCCGGCCAAGAAGGACUUCCGCGUCGCCGUCAAGCAGGUGCUCGACCUGUUCCAGGACAACUACCCCGAGCUCGUCGCAAGAAACAUCUUGAUCAACGUGCCGUUCUGGUACUACGCGUUCAGCACCCUGUUCUACCCGUUCCUGACGCAGCGGACCAAGAGCAAGUUCGUCAUUGCUCGCCCGUCCAAGGUCACCGAGACCCUCCUCAAGUACAUUCCGAUUGAGGCCAUCCCGGUGAAGUACGGCGGCCUGAAACGCGACGACGACACUGAAUUCUCCUCCGCCGAUGACGGCGAAGUCGCAGAGCUCACUGUCAAGGGAAGCUCCACCGAGACCAUUGAGAUUGAAGCCACUGAGGCUGAUGCCACCCUGACAUGGGACCUGACGGUGCUGGGCUGGGAGGUGAACUACAAGGAGGAGUUCGUGCCGGCCGACGAGAGCUCCUACACCAUCAUCGUCAGGAAGGGCAAGAAGAUGGGGGCGGGCGAGGAGGCUGUCCGCAACUCGUUCCGCGCCGGCGAGCCCGGCAAGGUGGUGCUCACCGUCGAGAACACCUCGCACAAGAAGAAGAAGGUGCUGUUCAGGCACAAGUCCAAGAGCGCCUUCGCCAAGAAGUGCUGAGGCUCGAUCGAAACCUGCCUGCAAGCCGAAUUCUUCGGAGGGUGUGAUGUGCUGAGCUCCUAUGCCAAGGAGUGAAUUGGUUGGUCGUGUGGAUCCAAUAUUCAAUUAUUCAUUACAUUCUUUAUGUGUGUGUGUAAGAAAGAAGAGAGCAUUGUUUGUAUUCAUGGUGAUUAAUUUGAGGUUGGGUGUUGCGGCAUGACAUU